GAAAGUGUGGAGAUAGACGGAAGAGAGUCUGCUCCUUAGCUCCUGCACAUCUCCUCUCUGUUUAUGGACUGAUCUUUUAUUUCCGCACUGUUACACAUCUCAGGCGCUUCAAUGAAGUCUCGGUUUGACGCGCUGCCUCUGGAUGAAGUUGGAGUUUUGUUCCUGCAGAGCAAACACAAUGUGACCAUGCUGAGGCUGUGACUGUUCUCCUUGUCCGAUUUCGGAGUACUUGUAUCGAUCCAGGAAAGAGAGAGGGGCUUAAGAAUGGGCAAACUUCAGUCGAAACAUGCGUGUAAGCGCAGAGAAAACCCUGAAGGAGACAGUUUUGUUGUGAACGCCUUCCUCCGGAGAGGGAUGGAGGAAUGUGAGAGGUACAACGCAACGGAUCACAAGCUCAAGAACAUGCAGGAGUUUGCAAAUAGUGAGCUGAAGGAGGGACAACUCGCAGAUCAACACUGUCCCCUAGAGGUGAUUCUUCCUCCAGAGAAAGCUGAAGGUUGUGAAAGCUACCUGCAGUACCUCCACUCAGAGGAGGGCGAGCGAGUGAUACUCAGAGAUGGGACCAAAGCUGCUGGCAAGAAACGCAUCAGUCUGGAUGACUUAGAGUGUGAUGUUUCUAUGGAGGAUGACAACCGUCAGGAGUGGAUCUUUACCCUCUAUGACUUUGACAACAGUGGAAAAGUUACAAAAGAGGACAUGUCCAGUCUAAUGCACACUAUCUAUGAUGUGGUGGAUGCAUCUGUGAAUCACUCCUGCAACAACAAGAGCAAAACUCUGCGAGUCAAACUGACCGUCACUCCAGAGCCAAGGUGCCACAGGAGGGAAACAGGAACAGAUCGCUGUCAUCAGGAGGAGGGGCGUUCAGCUGACAAGCGUCUGUCCUCCUACAACAGUAGCAAAGGCCAGAGCAAUGAGGCUCCAGCAGCAGAGGGUCAACAUUACUGUGUGGAUGAGAACACAGAGAGAAGGAAUCACUACUUGGACCUGGCUGGUAUAGAGAACUACACCUCCAGAUUUGAAGGAACCACUCCUGCCUUCCCUCCCCAGGAGACUCAUGGUCGGAGCUCCCAGAGUCAGAGCCGCUCUCGCUCCCAAGAACCAGAAACUCAUGCCGUUCACCAGCGCCGCUCACAAAUCAUCAGUGACAGCUACAACCCGACAGAGUCUCGAAGCAAGGGCACGCAGUUCCUCAAAUCCCCCAAAGGAAACUACAAGGGAGGCGGGGGGAACAACAGUGGCAGUGGAGGUGGAAAAUCCACUAAAUGUCACGGCUACCACCCGCCUCUGCCAACCGUGCUGCACGGCAGCAGCGCAGCAGGACACGGGGGUCAGGAUGUGUACCACUUGCCACAUCAAGGGCAGUCCUCCAGUCACCACCAGCACCCUCUGCAAUAUAGUCACAGCAAACGCCUUAGGGCGAAAACCAGAGAGGCCCUGUCUCCAUCAAAAACCCCGCUGUCCCCUCAGUCCCAUCCCCAGCAGCACCCUCCUGUGCCCUCUGUAUUGCCCAGUCUGGAGAGAGAGCAGGUGUCUGGUCCACCCAACAGCCCUGGGUUUGUGGUUCCUGUGGUGCAGCGUCACGAGCACCACCACCAUCAUGAACACCACCACCACCACCACUACCACCAUUACCAUCAGACAUGACCGCCUUCGACUUGCAGUGACUCAAACUGUACAGGACCAACCACAACCAACCAGAAAGACUUGACAUCAUCCAACCAGAGUUCUCACACUCUGUCCAGGAUUUCUUUACUCCCCUCUUUUAAGCUAUACAGACAUAUCCUGAGAUUAGAUGUAUCGUGGAUGAUUUUGGACAGGAAGGAUGUUUCUCUGAAGUUAUUGUGUAAUAGCAAAAGAUGUGUGGCACAGUGUAGAAGUUUUUGUAGAUUUUCUGCUGGGACUGCUCGUUUGUAACCAACGUUAAUGUGGACUACGAAUUCCAGAAAGAAUUAGCUCAGAGAAAACAACAUCCCUCUUCCUCUUCAUGAUGAACUGGUUGAAGUCUCUUGAAGCUAUUACUUCACGGUCGGUGUGUUGUUCUGGAUGAGACCUUUCCAAAUAAAACAUGGAUCUCAGGUGUAAAGGUGCUGCUGCUCUCAAGCUUUCACAGAGGCUUCUACUUCCUCUGAGAAGCCUCAUGUGGACUGAGGGGUUUCCUUACUCGGGGUGGGGGGUGGGGCGGGAAUAUGAAAUCACCACUGCCAGUUUUAAUGCAAAAAUAUCUUGCUAUAUGUAUAAAAAAUCUAUAUAAGUAAACACAUUUUACUGUAUAAUUAUUAUACUGUAUAUGCAUAU